AUGGCUACUUUUACUUUCAAGUGGUACGUCUCUGCUAUUCUUCCCUGUCGCAUUCGGAUUGGCCGCUGCCUGUGGUGGUUGGUCGAGAGGGAGACGGGAGCCAGUCGCCGCACUCAAUUGCUUCUUCGGCAGUCCAGUCCUCCUGGUGCCCCGAACUCGACCACCCCCCUUCGGCAGGCGGCGGGGAUCGCGGAUGCAAAUGGAGCAUCACAUCAUGGCUACAAGGCAAACGUCGUCGCGAUUGAGUUCAGAUAUGCUAACUCGCGGGGGAAUGUCCCCUUUUCCAACAGGCCCCACGCCGCCGAAGAGGUGUACGUUACCGGCACCUUUGACAACUGGGCCAAGACGGAGAAGCUCGAGAAGAAGGGCGACCACUUCGAGAAGACCGUCACCCUUCCCGACUUCACAGACAAGAUCCUCUACAAGUUCGUUGUUGACGGCAACUGGACGACCGACCACACGGCCUCGCAAGAAAAGGACGCCAGUGGCAUCGACAACAACGUCUUGACUCCUGAGGACGUUAUCAAGGCCGCGCCCGCAACCGCUGCCAUCCUGAGCUCCGUCUCCCCCGAGUCCACCACUGCAGCUCUCGCCAAGGACGUUCCUCUGGAGAAGAACGAGACUAAGCCCGCCGAAACCCCGUCAGACAUCCCCGGCGGCUUCCCCGAGACUCCCGCGAACGAGCUGGACAAGGAGGUCAAGCUUAUCAACCCCAUCCCCGCUAGCGAAGGUGCUGGUAACCCCAUCACGCUUGCCCCCGGCGAGAAGGUCCCCGCGGUCAACGCCUCCGACAUCAACUCGCACGUCAAGCUGGACAAGGAGUCGUACGAGAAAGCCGACGCUCUUCCUGGUGUUAUGACCGACCUGCCCCCCGUUACCGGCAACAUGAUUCCCGAGUCAAGCCUGCCCAUCAACGGCGCCCCUGAUGCUACCAUUAGCUCUGUUGCCCCUGGCUCUACCACUGCUGCCCUAGCUGCCAAGGUGCCCCUCGAGGAGCCCAAGGUUCCCGAGGUCGUGAAGGAGAGCCAGGAGAAGGCCGGCGUCGACCCCGAGGCCAGCGGCAUUGCCGAGGAGGUGAAGGAGAAGGAGGAGGUUGAGGAGGAGCUGCUCAAGAAGGUCAGCAAGGUCCCCUCCACCUCCGAGGGCACUGCCGGCAAGGGCACCGAGAAGUCCGAGAACGACAAGACCCUGGUCGAGAGUGUCACCGCCGCCGCAGCUGGCAUUGGUGCUGCUGCCCUCGCCACCGCUGCCGUCACCAAGGACAAGGUCGUCGAGCAGGCCAGCGCUGCCACGCAGCAGGCCACGACGGCUGCCACCGAGGCCGCUACCCAGCUCCCCGACCCCGUCAAGGAGGCCCUGCCCAUUUCGGUCCAGGAGACGAUCAACAACGCCGCCAAGGAGGAGACGCGCCAGGAGGUCUCGCCCGAGGUCCCCGCCGAAGUCAAGGAGUCGAUCCAGGAGGCCGGCAAGAACCCCGAGGCGGCCGCCAACACGGCUGCCGUCGAGGAGAAGAAGGUGGUUGAGGCCGAGCUGCUGAAGGAGGUCAAGGAAGUCAAGCCCGCCGCUGGUGGCGAGGAGAAGGCUGCCGACAAGGCUGCACCUGCUGACGCCGCUGCACCGGCUACCUCUGCCGCCACGGGCACGACUAGCCAGGCUACCCCCGAGGCUAUCAAGGACGCCGCCACGCCUUCCAAGGCUGCCACCACGGUUCCUGCUGCUGAUGCUGCUGGUGCCGCUAGCAAGGCGCCCGCGAGCCCCGCCACUACGGAAAAGAAGAAGAAGAACCGUCUCAGCUCCUUCUUCAACAAGCUCAAGUCCAAGACGUCGAGCAAGGACAAGGCCUAA